GUAGUUUGCGCCCGUUCUGCGCAGGCGCACUUUCCAGCGGCGGCCGCCUGCUGCUCUUUGUGGCAGUCGCCGUCCUUUUGUGGGAGUUCGGUUUGUCCACUUGCCGGUCCCUCAGACCGUCAGCGGUCUCUGUCCGCCUCGGGACCUAUCUGCUGGUCGCUCGGCGUCCGAUGGCUCCGGGCCGCGGAACCUUAGGCCUGGCCCUGGUCUCCCAGCGCGGGUUCGCCCGGAGGAGCGUGUGGCGGGGGUGUGCCGGGGCGUGCGUGCGCCGGGCAUGGGGCUGAGCCCGGUGUGGGGAGUGAGUAUCUGCGGAGCCGGCCUGAGCCCCGCCUCAGCCGGGCGCGGGGAGGGGGCUCCGUGCGUGUGAUCGUGCAGCUGUGAGCGCGUGGCCGCCCCGCGAGGCUCCGCUGCAGGCCCCUGAGCCCCAGGAGCAGGAAUCACUCCUCUGGGCCUGCCCUGGGUCCUGGAAGGUACAGAGCUGCCCACUCCUCCCGGGGAGGCUGCCGUGGAGGCCAUGGAGAUCCCUGCCCCGGAGCCCGAGAAGACAGCUCUUUCCUCUCAGGAUCCUGCUGUUUCCCUGAAAGAGAAUCCCGAGGAUAUAUCGGGUUGGGGUCUUCCCGAAGCCAGGUCCAAGAGUUUCGCUCUUGUCACCCAGGCUGGAGUGCAGUGGCGCAAUCUUGGCUCACUGCAACCUCCACCUCCUGGGUUCAAGAAAUUCUCCUGACCUCAGGAAUCGGUGAGUUUCAAGGAUGUGGCUGUGGACUUCACCCAGGAGGAGUGGGGUCAGCUAGACUCCCCUCAGAGGGCCUUGUACCGGGAUGUGAUGUUGGAGAACUACCAGAACCUUCUUGCCCUAGGACCUCCACUGCACAAGCCAGACGUGAUCUCCCAUCUGGAACGAGGCGAGGAGCCAUGGAGCAUGCAGAGGGAAGUCCCUGGAGGGCCCCGUCCAGAAUGGCAGCUGAAGGCGGUGCCCUCUCAACAGCAGGGUAUUUGCAAAGAAGAACCCGCCCAGGAGCCCAUCACGGAGCGGCCCCUGGGCGGGGCGCAGGCGUGGGGGCGCCAGGCCGGUGCUCUGCGGAGGAGUCAGGCUGCGCCCUGGGCGCCUGCACAUGCUAUCGUCUGGGACGUCCCUGUAGAGAAAUUCCCCCUUAGGUGUCCCCUCUUCGCCCAGCAACGCGUUCCCGAGGGGGGACGCUUGCUGGACACACGCAAGAACGUCCAGGCUACUGAGGGCAGAACCAAGGCUCCUGCUAGACUGUGUGCGGGAGAAAACGCCCCUACGCCGAGUGAGCCGCACAAGUUCCCCCAGGCGCGCCGGCAUCGCGGGGCGGGCGCCGGGGAGGGCGAGUUCGUGUGCGGCGAAUGCGGGAAGGCGUUCCGCCAGAGCUCCUCCCUCACGCUGCACCGGCGCUGGCACAGCCGGGAGAAGGCUUACAAGUGCGAUGAGUGCGGCAAGGCCUUCACCUGGAGCACUAACCUCCUGGAGCACCGGCGCAUCCACACGGGCGAGAAGCCCUUCUUCUGCGGCGAGUGCGGGAAGGCCUUCAGCUGCCACUCGUCCCUCAACGUGCAUCAGCGCAUCCACACGGGCGAGCGGCCCUACAAGUGCAGCGCCUGCGAGAAGGCCUUCAGCUGCAGCUCGCUGCUCAGCAUGCACCUGCGGGUGCACACCGGCGAGAAGCCCUACCGGUGCGGCGAGUGCGGCAAGGCCUUCAACCAGCGGACGCACCUCACACGCCACCACCGCAUACACACGGGCGAGAAGCCCUACCAGUGCGGCUCCUGCGGCAAGGCCUUCACCUGCCACUCGUCCCUCACCGUGCACGAGAAGAUCCACAGUGGGGACAAGCCUUUCAAGUGCAGCGACUGCGAGAAGGCCUUCAACAGCCGCUCGCGCCUCACCCUCCACCAGAGGACGCACACGGGCGAGAAGCCCUUCAAGUGCGCCGACUGCGGAAAGGGCUUCAGCUGCCACGCGUACCUGCUCGUGCACAGGCGCAUCCACAGCGGCGAGAAGCCCUUCAAGUGCAACGAGUGCGGCAAAGCCUUCAGCUCCCACGCCUACCUCAUCGUGCACCGGCGCAUCCACACAGGCGAGAAGCCCUUCGACUGCAGCCAGUGUUGGAAGGCCUUCAGCUGCCACUCGUCCCUCAUCGUGCACCAGCGCAUCCACACUGGUGAGAAGCCCUACAAGUGCGGCGAGUGUGGCAGAGCCUUCAGUCAGAACCACUGUCUCAUUAAACAUCAGAAAAUCCACUCCGGGGAGAAGUCGUUUAAGUGUGAGCAAUGUGGGGAGAUGUUCAACUGGAGCUCGCACCUCACUGAGCACCAGAGGCUGCACAGCCAGGGGAAGCCGUUGGCCAUCCAGUUCAACAAACACUUGCUCAGCACAUACUACGUGCCUGGCAGCCUGCUGGGUGCAGGGGAUGCUGGGCUGAGGGACGUGGACCCCAUCGACGCACUGGAUGUGGCAAAGCUCUUGUGCGUCGUUCCGCCCCGAGCUGGCAGGAAUUUCUCCCUGGGAAGCAAACCUCGAAACUAACAUGAUGUGCUUUGGUGUCAGUAGCCGCCUUCUGAGCUACUCAACGAGGAAAGCACCUGAUCCUCCCUGGCUCCUAGAUCCAGACCACCUUCCUCCAGGUGUGGGAGCCUUGCCUUAUCACCCCAAUCAGGUCUGCAUGCCAGGGUGCCUCUUUUAGUUAAAGUCAGUCACCUCCCCAGAAGGGCCACACUCCAGGAGGAAAGUUGAGAGCCAUUUGAGGUAGUCCCGUCACCUGUUUUCCUUGAUGAACCUGGAAGUUGUUGACAAGGGGAAAGAUCUUUUCUUGCCAAUAAAAAGAAGGGAUAUUGUUGGGUGCCAUGGCUCACACCUGUAAUCUCAACACUUUGGGAGGCCAAGGCAAAGGGAUCGCUUGAGCCCAGGAGUCUAGGACCAGCCUGGACAACAUGGUGAGACCUCAUCUCUACAAAAAAAAUGCAAAAAUUAGCCAGAUGUGGUGGCAUGUCCCUGUGGUCCCAGCUACUCAGGAGGCUGAGGUGGGAGGAGGAUUUGAGCCUGGGAGGUCAAGGCUGCAGUGAGUCAUGAUUCACAGCACUGCACUGCAGCCUGGGUGGCAAAGCAAGACCCUGUGUGAAAUAAAAAGGAGGUAUAUCAACUGUUGUAUCCUUGGACGGACUCCUGACAUGGCUUCCAUCAGGAGUUUCCUCCAUAAACUAUUAUUUUCAGAAUAAUAAUAAAACAAGAAUUAUGAAUAGCAUUACUUUCCAGUGAACAUUAUUAUAUUGCUAGAGAGGAGAAUAAUCUUGGGCGGUGGGCAUUUGGAAAAAGUGAAUUUCCUGGACUUACCUCAUGUAAAUAGCUCUACUGCAGAGCUGUGUGUUAGUGACAGUGCAGUCAGGGGUGUUCCCACAGCUGUCACAGCAUGGCCCAGCAGCGUUGUAGCCAGAUCCUAACAUGCCAACAUCACCUCUUGCCAUUUAGCCCCUGGUGAGAAAUUGGGAACUCCCAGGCAGUGCCCAGUGCAUCCAGGGAAGAUGGGCACGACAUCAAGAUAGAUGUGUCUGGAGGCUCCCCUUCACUGAUUGGGGCUGGGCAAGGCCACCCUGGGCUGGUGAGGCUGCCCUGCAGGGCUUCUCACUAUGUAGCACCAGUCACCAGCCCAGGUCACAGAAGAAGCCCCUCCCAGCAUCCACUGGAGGCAGGGAGCUGAAGCCCAGGGAGACGGGCUCCAUGGUGGUCCCACAUGGAGGUGUUGUACAAACCCUGGAAAAGGUGGCUCUCCCUGUCCCCUGUCCCGACACUCUUCAGAGAUAGGAAGACAGAGUUAAUCUUGAAUGAAUGUUAUUUCUACUCAGUCCUAAGCAAGAAUAAGCUGCCCUCUUGGUGAUAAUACUUUACGUUUGUAGGGAGUGCUAUCAUUUAUGAAAUUCUUUCAGUAUGCUUUUUAAAUUAUGCUGGCAAAAUAACCACAGUUCAGAAAAUGUGGACUUAUGAAAAAUAAAAUCCCCAUAAUUCUUAAUAAAACUGCAUUUUGCACUUUGAUACAUUAC